AUGUCUUUACCACCAAGAGGCACAUCGCCUCACUCGCCUCAUUCAGCAGGGAACUCAUCCCAUUCACCUCAGGCCAGUGAGACAAGUCUAUAUGGCACGCGUGAGCAAGUGUACGGCUACGAAGAGAAGCCCGAGAAUGUCGACAGUCAGCAGUCUCUGCUCUAUCGCAACCAGCCUAGCCCGUUCAACGCUCCCUUCGAUGACCCAUAUGCCUCAACCGAUUCCCUUCGUCGCUAUACCCUACAUGACCCCGGCGUCACCAUCUUCCCCGAUGGCCCAUACCAGGAAUCCGCAAGUGGAUUAAACCGUCGCUCGGGAAUCCAAUCUCCCAUGUCGGAGACUCCAUCAGAAGCCUGGCAGAACAGACAGGCGCCUGGGUCUGGACUGCGACGUUAUGCCACACGAAAGAUUAAAUUGGUCCAGGGCUCUGUGCUGAGCGUGGAUUACCCUGUCCCAAGCGCAAUUCAAAAUGCCAUUCAGAAGGAAUACCGUGAAUCCGAGGAGGGCUUUCCGGAAGAGUUUACUCAUCUGCGGUAUACCGCCGCCACCUGUGAUCCUGACGAAUUCACCCUCCGCAACGGAUACAAUUUGCGACCGGCCAUGUACAAUCGCCACACCGAGCUUCUGAUCGCUAUCACCUACUACAACGAAGAUAAAGUUCUGACAGCGCGUACGUUGCAUGGUGUGAUGCAAAACAUCCGGGAUAUUGUCAACUUGAAGAAGUCCGAAUUCUGGAACAAAGGUGGCCCUGCCUGGCAAAAAAUUGUGGUCUCCUUGGUAUUCGAUGGUAUCGAUCCUUGUGAUAAAAAUACACUCGACAUGUUGGCCACUGUCGGUAUCUACCAGGAUGGCAUCAUGAAGCGCUCCGUUGAUGGCCGGGAAACCGUCGCCCACAUCUUCGAGUACACUACCCAACUCUCUGUUACCUCCAGCCAACAGUUGAUUCGACCUCAGGGCAACGAGGCGAGCAAUCUCCCUCCCGUCCAAAUGAUCUUCUGUCUCAAGCAAAAGAACAGCAAAAAGAUCAAUUCCCACCGCUGGCUAUUCAAUGGGUUCAGUCGAAUCCUCAACCCCGAAGUCGUCAUUCUUAUCGAUGCUGGAACGAAACCCGGAAAGAAAUCCCUUCUUGCAUUGUGGGAGUCAUUCUACAAUGAUAAGAAUUUGGGUGGAUCCUGUGGUGAGAUCCACGCAAUGUUAGGAAAGGGUUGGAGGAACUUGAUGAAUCCUCUCGUGGCCGCACAGAACUUCGAGUACAAAAUCUCUAAUAUCCUCGAUAAACCACUCGAGAGCGCCUUUGGAUACGUCAGCGUGUUACCGGGUGCUUUCUCCGCGUACCGCUAUCGCGCUAUCAUGGGACGUCCUUUAGAGCAGUACUUCCACGGUGACCACACACUCUCAAAGCAGUUGGGCAAGAAAGGUAUCGAGGGUAUGAACAUCUUCAAAAAGAAUAUGUUCCUUGCCGAGGACCGUAUCUUGUGUUUUGAGCUCGUCGCAAAGGCUGGGUUCAAGUGGCAUUUGACCUACGUGAAGGCUUCUAAGGGUGAGACCGAUGUGCCAGAGGGCGCAGCCGAAUUUAUCAGUCAGCGGCGUCGCUGGUUGAACGGCUCAUUUGCUGCUAGUUUGUAUGCAAUGAUGCAUUUCGGACGGAUUUAUAAGAGUGGCCACAAUAUCCUGCGGCUGUUCUUCCUGCAUAUUCAAAUGACUUAUAACUUUGCGGGUCUGAUCAUGACCUGGUUCUCCCUCGCCUCAUUCUGGCUGACCACCACUGUCAUCAUGGAUCUUGUCGGAACACCCAGUCCGGCUAACAAAAACAAGGGUUGGCCUUUUGGAAAUGAUGCCUCGCCUAUCGUGAACAACUUCCUGAAAUAUGGAUAUGUGUUCUUCUUGAUGCUGCAGUUCAUUCUUGCUCUAGGAAACCGACCCAAAGGCUCACGUUUGGCAUAUACGCUGUCAUUCAUCUACUUUAGUGUGGUUCAAACCUACAUCAUCAUUCUCUCGUUCUACCUUGUGAAGAACGCUUUCACUGGAGGCACGCUUGACUUCUCCAUGGACCAAGGUGUCGCGCAUUUCCUGAAGUCUUUCUUCAGCUCAUCCGGCGCCGGUAUUGUCCUGAUUGCUUUGGUUUCUACUUACGGUAUCUACUUCCUCGCAAGUUUCAUGUACAUGGAUCCCUGGCACAUGUUCACAUCCUCCUGGGCUUACUUUGCCGGCAUGACUUGCUCGAUCAAUAUCCUGAUGGUCUACGCUUUUUGCAACUGGCAUGAUGUUUCCUGGGGAACCAAAGGAUCCGAUAAGGGCGACUCGCUGCCUGUUGCCGAGACGAAGAAGGAUGACGGCAAGUCAAACUUCAUUGAAGAAGUGGACAAGCCGCAGGCCGACAUCGAUAGCCAGUUCGAAUCUACGGUCAAGAGAGCGCUCGAGCCUUAUGUCGUGCCGGAAGAGAAGGAAGAACGAAGCAACGAUGACGGCUACAAGGCUUUCCGAACCAACCUGGUGUUGAUCUGGAUUUUCAGUAAUCUGAUUCUCACACUGUGUAUCACCAGCGAAGGCAUUACUCGCUUCUGUCUCACGAACACUUCUACCGAACGCACUUCUAAAUACUUCGCUGCUAUCUUGUGGACGACAGCUGGCCUAUCGAUCUUCCGUUUCAUUGGAUCCAUCUGGUUCCUUGGCAAGUCUGGUAUCUUGUGCUGUGUCUCCCGUCGCUAG